AUGGCCUUCUGGAUGACGCAGAUGGAGGUUACCCAGCCAGAGAUUCUGCGUGCCGUCCCGGCCUUUCAAAUUUUACAGUGCUUCGGCCGCGUCCUGCGGUGCCGGGGCAGUGGGGACUACUAUGGCCUGAGCCGUGCUGUCAGCUCCAUCGACGAGUUCUGCUCGCACAGUUGGCAUGGAUCAGCCUGGAUGAAGGCAUCACUGUUGCUGUUGAUGAAGAACGGGAUGGCAGCCUUUGUGGCUGGGACCCUCAGUGCACUGGUGAUGAUGUGCCUUUUUUGUCUGGACCUUCUGCCCGGCUACUUCCGGCGACCCUUCCUCGGAAGCGACACGGAGUACAAGUACGGGCCCUGGGCCUUGUUGACAGGAGUGGUCGUCUCAACGUUGACGCUGUUCCUGUGGCGGCCGAAGCAAGCGAUGUUUUUGGAUCGGAUUUGCAUCAACCAGGUAGAUCAGGCAAUGAAGGCCGAGGGCGUCCUGAACAUGGGCGCCAUCUUAAAGCAUUCGGACUCCAUGCUUGUCCUCUGGGACACGACGUUCGCUUCGAGGCUUUGGUGCUUGUUUGAGAUGGCAGCGUUUCUGAAGAGCCAUGAGGAUGGGUUGGAGCAUCUCCGCAUCAAGCCGACCUACCUGGCGCCAUGCACAUUUGUUAUCGCCUUCUGUGUCAUGCUGAUGAUGCUCUUCGAGCUUACCGUCCCCUUCGUUAGCAUCUACGUCGUAGUCAUGAAGCUCUCUCUGCUGGCGCUCUCCUGCAUCACUGCGGCAAGGCUCCUCUUCCUCUACUACAGCUCCGUGCGUGCGCUGCAGGAACAACUUCGCGACUUCCGCAUCGUGGACGCGAAGUGCGUCUGCUGCGAUCUGGGCCACGUGGAUGUGAAUGCAUCACUGAAUGGUUUGGGUCUGUGGAUGGCUUCGAAAGCUCCGUGCGCUCCACGGUGUCGAAGGCUCUUUCUGGGCAGCUGGGGCAUUUCCCGUGCCCGUAUGCUUGGCUACUGCGGGCCACUUCCCCAGUCUUAUGGGCGCACUUUGACAUGGUGGCGGCACGCAUCCACUCGGGCGACAUCGAAUAUGCCGUUGCCGUGGCCAUCCAGGCGCUUGCUUGGUGGCUGGCUCUGUUCCCGAGCUCCCUCUUUCUGGUGGCCGUCUCCUACAAGUGCUACGAGCGGCCGCGACGAG